GAAUUGACAUUGCGCGCCAAGGGGCAUCUAGGGUCAAACAGAACACAAGUAUGCCUCUGGGGAAUAAUUGAGCAAAAUUGAUUAGUGCCCAGCAACUAUUGGCUGUGAGAACUUGAGAGGUGGUCUUAAUAAUUACUGUAUCCAAACAGGGAAUUGCAGGGGUAGCUUUUGCUUUAUAAAUAGAGCUGAGGGUCUGUGCCAUCCCUGUGGCUUGCAGGUUGGUUGGAGGCUGGUUGGUUAGUUGGAGUGUUUACAUUGGGCCAACCCUUGCCCUAAUCCUAAUGGCUCUCUCUGUUUCUUCCUUCUGCCUUCUAGUCCUCCUUUCUUGCUUCACCACUUCUCUGCUUCUGUGCAAUGCCUUCUCUGCCCAACACUACCACUACCCCUUCCUCCACCAUCGCCACCACUCUCGCAUUGCCAGACACGACUACAGAGAUGCCCUUAUUAAAUCCAUACUCUUCUUUGAAGGGCAGAGGUCAGGGAGGCUCCCUCCUGGCCAGAGAAUCACCUGGAGGAGAGACUCUGGUCUUUCAGACGGUUCAGCCGUGCAUGUAGAUUUGGUUGGAGGGUAUUACGAUGCAGGCGACAAUGUGAAGUUUGGGUUUCCCAUGGCUUUCACCACCACCAUGCUUUCAUGGAGCGUUAUUGAGUUUGGUGGGUUGAUGAAAGGUGAGUUAGAGAACGCAAAAGAAGCCAUUCGCUGGGCCACUGAUUACUUACUCAAAGCUACUGCCUACCCAGACACCAUUUACGUUCAGGUGGGCGAUGCUAACAAGGAUCAUUCUUGUUGGGAGAGACCAGAAGACAUGGAUACUCCGAGAACUGUACUGAAGAUAGACAGAGACUCCCCUGGCUCUGAUGUAGCUGCUGAAACUGCUGCAGCUCUUGCAGCUGCUUCUCUAGUCUUCAGAAGAAGCGAUCCGGCUUACUCCAAGCUUUUACUCAGGAGGGCCAUUGGGGUGUUUGAGUUUGCUGAUAAAUACAGGGGUCCCUACAGCAAUGGGUUGAAAAGUUAUGUAUGCCCUUUCUAUUGCUCUUACUCUGGGUAUCAGGAUGAACUACUGUGGGGAGCUGCAUGGCUGCACAAAGCCACCAAAAACCCAGACUACCUCAACUACAUUCAUGUAAACGGGCAAAUCCUUGGAGCCGACGAGUCGGAUAACACAUUUGGGUGGGACAACAAGCAUGCUGGAGCCAGGAUUCUUCUCUCCAAGGCGUUUCUCGUUCAAAAGGUUCAAUCCCUCCAUGAUUACAAAGGUCACGCAGAUAAUUUCAUAUGUUCUCUCAUCCCAGGGGGCCCCUUCUCUCAGACCCAGUACACCCCAGGAGGGCUUCUGUUCAAGAUGAGUGAUAGCAACAUGCAGUAUGUAACCUCCACCUCCUUCCUGCUCGUAGCCUACGCCAAGUAUCUGACCUCGGCCCGCAAGUUCGUCAAUUGCGGGGGAACCAUCGUCACCCCAAAGAAGCUCCGAACCAUUGCCAAACAACAGGUGGAUUACUUGUUGGGAGACAACCCCUUGAAGAUGUCCUACAUGGUGGGAUACGGCCAGAGGUACCCGGAGAGGAUACACCACAGGGGGUCAUCCCUGCCGUCAGUUGCAGCCCACCCAGCUAAGAUCCAAUGCUCAGAGGGCUUCAAUUUCAUGAAGUCCGAAUCCCCAAAUCCAAACGUCCUGGUUGGGGCGGUGGUGGGCGGACCAGACCUGCACGACGGGUUCCCGGACGAACGUUCCGACUACGAGCAGUCAGAGCCGGCUACCUACAUCAACUCCCCCCUUGUGGGUGCACUGGCCUAUCUUGCUCACUCCUUCGGCCAGCUCUAAAACCCCACCAGUUCCGCAUAUAAAUAACAGCAGUAAUAUUAGUAGUAGUUUGCUGCAAGUCUGUUUCCAAGUUGAUAGGUGUUUUGUUUUUUUUUCCUUCAGCUUUGCUUUUAGUGUUUUGAAGUGCCCGGGGGCAGUGGGGGCGACGAGGGCAAAGAGGCCGGAGGCCCCAAACACCCCACGGUGGCGCCAGUGGUGUGAAGGGGGGUUUACAACAUCACAUUGCCUUUGCUUAUUUUAUGACGAGUGUAGUGUAGUUUUUUUUUUUUUGGAGGGAGUUGGGGGGGGGGGGGGGUUGUGGCUGUGGGAGUAUGGACUAUGAAUUGAGUGCGAGUGUGGCGCCGGUAAUGGCGCUUCUGUGAGUAAAAGUUCACUUGUAAUGUGUGGGCUGCUCAACAACUAGAAUAGCCCCCACAGGCAUGGGGUUCCUUUUGACUCCUAUGCCCUAAAAAGUCUGUUUUGGGACUUGUAAUAUGUCCAUUAGUGUUUUAACUUUAACUCUCUCUCA